UCCGCUACGGAUAUCUAGCAACUGACACUGUUCAACAUCAGUGUGAAGAUGGCGGAGGGUGAAUUGAACGUGGAUAGUCUCAUCUCUCGGCUUCUGGAGGUGCGGGGAUGUCGUCCGGGAAAGAUAGUCCAGAUGACCGAGGCAGAGGUCCGUGGCCUUUGCAUCAAGUCAAGGGAGAUCUUCCUCAGUCAGCCAAUCCUCCUGGAGCUUGAGGCACCUUUGAAGAUUUGUGGUGACAUCCAUGGGCAGUACACUGAUCUCCUGAGGCUGUUUGAGUAUGGUGGCUUCCCUCCAGAAGCAAACUAUCUCUUCCUGGGUGAUUAUGUGGACAGAGGAAAGCAAUCCCUGGAAACCAUCUGUCUGUUGCUGGCCUACAAGAUCAAAUAUCCAGAAAACUUUUUCCUGCUCCGAGGAAAUCAUGAGUGCGCUUCCAUCAAUCGUAUCUAUGGCUUCUAUGACGAAUGCAAGCGCAGGUUCAACAUUAAGUUGUGGAAGACCUUCACAGACUGCUUUAACUGCCUCCCCAUUGCUGCUAUAAUUGAUGAGAAGAUUUUCUGCUGCCAUGGAGGGCUUUCACCUGAUUUGCAGUCAAUGGAGCAGAUUCGUAGGAUCAUGAGGCCGACAGACGUGCCAGAUACAGGCCUUCUGUGUGACUUGCUGUGGUCGGAUCCGGAUAAGGAUGUGCAAGGCUGGGGAGAGAAUGAUCGUGGAGUCUCCUUCACCUUUGGGGCAGAUGUGGUCAGUAAAUUCCUAAACCGCCAUGACCUGGACCUCAUCUGCAGAGCCCACCAGGUUGUGGAGGAUGGAUACGAGUUCUUUGCCAAACGCCAACUGGUCACACUUUUCUCUGCUCCAAACUACUGCGGGGAGUUUGACAACGCAGGCGGCAUGAUGAGUGUGGAUGAGUCUCUCAUGUGCUCCUUCCAGAUUCUGAAGCCCUCAGAGAAGAAGGCCAAGUACCAGUACGGGGGCGUAAAUUCUGGUCGGCCUGUGACCCCACCCCGCACCACCCAACCUCCCAAAAAGAGGUGAACACCCAACUGUGGCUUGUCCCCACUCCUUGUCAUUUUGUCCAUUCCAGAUCUGCCUUUAUGGCGACCCCACAACACCCCUAGAAGUGAGAAGAUACGGGGGUUGUCUGAUUGUCCAAAUCCUCCACUCCUCCUCCACUCAGCCAGCCUCUCGUCAACACCACUGACAGCUCUUUUCUUAAAGUGUACGUGUAUAUACAUUUGCUGUGACUUAUCAGUUGGGUUGUUUUGCCUUUAUGUUUGGAUUUUGUUUUGUUUUUGAAAAUAUUAAAAAAAAUUAACCUUAUUGGUGGUUUUAAUUCUAAUGCUGCUUGAGGUUUUCUGAGAUUCUAUUGUGUUAGGGAAUGCUUUCUUUGUAUGUCAAAGAACAAUGUGACCAAGUUGCAAAAGUCUGUUCUUUUUCUUCUUCUUUUUUUUUUUUUUUUUUUUUUUGGGCGUCAUAAAAACAAAAUGAAGGUUCAACAAUAUUUUACAUUGACCUUAAAAACAGUAAAACAAAAAAAAUCCUCUUGUGUGUUGUAACUGGGACUGCUGUUCCACUGCAGGACCAAAACAAAAGUCUUAUUUCAACUUAUCACAGCAUGUGUAGUACUCUUAGUGGUUCUUGUGCACAUGAACUUUUUUUAAGCAUUAAUAAAGAGCACCUUCAUGUUUGUAGAACAGACCAGUUUGAAUGAACAAAUUUGUCCCUUCUGAUCUUGGACAUCAUCUACGCAAACAAAAUGUAUUCAGCGUCAGUUUGCCCAUUCUGUCUUGUCUCCCUGUACUUUGACUCCUACGUAAAAAACAUGCUGCUUUCUUGCUCUGAGUCGGUAUUGACAGUUUUUCUCAUUUCUUUCCCCCUCCCUUCUAUAAUCUUAAUUUUGUCUUGAGAGCGAGCGAUUGAUUUGAUGACACAUUAUGAGUAAUGAAUGUCAUGGGGCUUGGCACACAUUGUUUUCACGGUAAUGAUGAAUCAAAAAACAUUUAAAAAAAAAAAGACAUUGCAAGCUUCA